AUGCUGAUUCGCAUCCUCAUCGAUAACCCCGGUCAUACGUUUACGCGCAAUAUCGAUGCCAAAUUUGUCGCGACCGUGAAGGAUCUCCUGCGACAGGGGAAGGACCCGAAUGUGCAACACUUCCUCCGGGACACUCUGGAUACCUUUGACACCCAGCGACCAUGGGACGAGGAUUUGACGCUGCUUCUGCAAAUGUGGAGGAAGGAAAAGACGAAACUCACAAGAUCCAAUAGUGGGGUAUGUGAACCUAUUGGGAGUUCCCGGCAACACCGUGAAUACCUUCAAAUGGUCAAAACCAAGCGCUAA